ACUUUUAAAAUAUAAGUCCUACUGUAACAUUUUAGUUUAAUUACAGUACAUGAUAUUUAAUAUUUGAUAAUGAUAUUGUAAAUGAAUACGAGUCAACUUUAUUUUAUUGCAAUUGUCGAAUGUAUAUUGUACGUUGUACAUUAUUUAAGAUAUGCUCUUUUAAGUUCAUUAAACUUAUUAUUGUAUGAAAAUUUUAUGUAAAAUUUCUUAUGGGAUAAGUAUUACAAAAUAUAAGUAUCACUUUGUUGUCGCGUUUCUGCGUAUUAUUAUUGUGUUGUCUAGGUACUUUUGAAGUCAUGGGUUGCUUAUAUAUCAGAUAACAGAAAGUUAAAGUAUAAAUUUAGAAUAACUUUAUCUUUGUGUAAACAUUGUUUCUUUACUAAUAAAAAUAGUUGUGUAUGUAGUAUGUGUUAAGUGCUUUAGUUAUAUAUGAACAUAUACAUACAAACAAAUAAGACAAAUGAUAAAAUCUUGGAAUCUGCUUUACAAAUCAUUAGCAUCUUAUUCACAAGUGCAAAGUAUUUUGUGGUAUAACACUGGUGAUAAAUUAAAAUUUUUCACACAUUUUCGGACUCAUAUAAAUUUGAAAUAUUCUUCUACAACAGCCUCAAUUACUCCAUCAACACAAGUCAACAUGAGUGCAUUUAAGUUCCUUGAUUAUGACUGUAUUGGAUUUGAUUUAGACAAUACACUGUUACGUUAUAAUGUGACAAACAUGGUACAUUUGAUAUAUGAAACUUUAGCCAAUUAUUUAGUUACAGAAAAGGGGUACAAUUCUAAAUAUUUGUUAAAGCCAUUAGAAGAUAAAGAUUUAGAUUUUAUGCAGAAAGGAUUAUUCUUAGAUUUUGAAAGAGGAAAUAUACUUAGAAUAAAUGCUGAUGGUGUAAUUCAAAGAGCAUGUCAUGGAAGUAAUCUAUUAAGUACUGAGGAAAUCAAAAAGAUAUACCCUGAGCAGAGAUGGGAGAUUAUAGAUGUUUUUUGUAAUGACAUGUUAUCCACAUGGAACGGUCCUUUAUCAAUGAAAAUGAGAAGUUUAUUAGAUUAUUUUGAUGUUUCUUCAUCUCUUGUUUUUGCAAGAUUAAUAGAUACACUUGACGAAGAACAAGGAGGACCUUUGAAUGCAUAUAAUGUUUGGCCUAACAUGUUGGAUGGAUUGAUUGAAAUGUUUAACAGAGAUCAUUUUAAAAUGAACAGAGGGUAUUUUUUUCCUAGCCUCAGAGAGAAUCCUCAUAAAUAUAUGUAUAAAUGUACUGCAAGAACUAUAACAUGGCUUCAAGAAUUAAAAAGACAUCGUAUUACUUUCCUUAUCACUGGAUCAAAUGUUGAUUUUGUUGAUUUUAAUGCUACUUAUGCUCUUGGAGAAGAUUGGAAAUCUCUAUUUGAUAUUGUAAUUUGUUAUGCAAAGAAACCUGCUUUUUUCAUUGAAAAACGUCCUUUUCUUGAUAUUGUAAAUAAUGAAGAAGGUAAUAAUAUCAUAGAAAGUAAAGAUUUAAAACGAGGUGGUAUAUAUAGUCAAGGUAAUUGGGAAGGACUUACUGAAUUCCUUAAAAAUAUAUGUGGAAAACAAAAUCCUCGUUAUAUAUAUAUUGGUGAUAAUCUUUUGCAAGAUAUUUAUGUACCAAAUUCAUAUGUACAAUGUGAUACAGUAGCUGUAACUGAGGAACAAAUGUCUGAGGGAAUGGUUCAUCAAAACUUAUCACAUCCCGAUGAAAAAGUAUUAAAUUCAACAUUUUGGGGCUCUUAUUUUUGUUUAAAAGAUUCUAACAUUAAUAUGGACUCAUUAUGGGGACAUGUUAUAAAAAAAUACUCCAAACUUUGCAUACCUGAUAUAAAUUUAAUAGCUCAACAGCCAUUAGAAGAAUCUUACUUAUGUUUUUAUAAAGAUGGAAAGAAAUAUGAUGGAUAUUAUCCUGCAGUACCGCUUAGUAUAUCUACGUUUUAAAUUCAUAAAUUUAUCCCCAAUUUAUUAACUUCCAAACAAAAGUUUUGUAGUUUUAUGUUAACUUGCAUGCUAUAACAUAUUAGUACCAUAUUUAUAAUAUAUUCUUAAUUCAAGAUACGUAUUAUACCAGCUAUCAAGGAACAAUUGCAACAUUUGCUAGUGCAUAAGAGGGACCUAACACGUACUAAACGUACAUUUAAAUCAAAA